AUGGCAGCCGGCCAGAAAGCCGCCGAAGCGGCGCCGACCUCGCUAGAUUUCCCCCUGCAUCUAGACAUCGGUAGAGGACACACGGCCAAGUUCGAAGAGCACGACUACGCCGUUCUGACAAACCCUAUGAUAGAGUUUAACGCCCGUUGCUUGGGACUCGGUCUCAAGACCUCGAUCCGGCACGCCGACCCGCAGACAGUGAAGGAGUGGCACCGCGACGAGGCGAUCCGCGUGCUGAAGUUUUUCCGGACCGCUGUUCUGGCCGAGCUGCGGCGCGAGGGUAGGAAAUGGGAGUGGGCGAAGCCGUCCGAAGACGAGGUGCAGGAGAGGCUCGCCGACUGCGACGAACCCCUUCGAGAUAAAAUUCCCGAUACCGUCCGGGACUCGGACGCGGGCUCCGGCCUGCUAGCAAUGAGCGCGUUGAUCUGGGUUGUGAGGCGGUUCCAGCGCCUGACCGGCGACCUCCGUCGCAUUGCCACCAGCAUGGACAAGCCCACCGUCUCGGGGUUGAAGGCGCUGCGGAACGAGAUGGUAGCCCUCAUCAAGAAGCAAGUCCCGCUCAUACGGUCGGGGAAAACCGUUGUUGCUGCCGACGCCUGUGACGACGACGGCGAGGAAGUCCAUUCUGCAUCCGUACCAGUAGGGGUCGCCCCGAACGUCGCUGAUGCGCGUGGCAAGUCGGGAGUCGGCGUCGACGAGGCCGAUGCGGCCGCAGGAAAUAGGGUGACCGGGACCGAGGUUGUUCACGGGGAUGAUGAUGGGGUCCAGGAUCGCGAGGAGGAACGUGAGGGUGAGGGGGGCUCGGAGGAGUCGUCGGGGUCGAUGUCGGGGUCGAGGUCGGGGUCGGGAUCGGGCUCGGAGUCGGAGUCGGAGGAGGAGCAGGAGCAGGAGACGCAGGAGCACGAGAGGCAGCACCAGGAGGAGCAGUUGGUAGAGGUGGAGGACGUGGAAAUGGCGGAGGGGUACGUUGUCGGAGGAGCGGAGGGGUACGUUGUCGGAGGAGCGGAGGAAACGGGUGGGAGAUCGGCGGAUGUCGAGAACGACGAAGGGGAGGGGAAGGGUGCGACAGCGAAUAUCGGCGAGGUCGGCGUGGAGGCGGCUCACGGAGGUGGUGGCAUGGUCGAGGUCGGUGAAGGGGAUAACGCCGCGGUCCCGGAGCAGAGGGGCGUGGAUGUGCAUACCGAUGCCACCGCGGAGAAGGCCGGCGGGGAGCGGUCUAGGAGGAAGAAGGCGGCGAGCGGUCAUCCCGGUUCCACCGCGGCUGGGCGGCAGGCGCGGCUGGACGUCGUCGAUCAGCUGAGGGCGGAGAACAGGCGAUUGCGUGCAGACAAUGCACUCCUUGAACGGCGGCUCGGUGAGCAGACGGGGCGGGUCGACAGCUUGGCGGCGGCAUUAGCUGGGCUCCUCGAGAAGUUGAAGGGUUUGACCGCCCAGGUCGCCGACACCGACCGGAAAUCGGAGGAGCGCCUCAAAGAGGCCACGUCGACCAUGGCGACCACAAUCACCGAGGGCCUCACCGACAACAUGGACAGCGCCAUUCAAUCGGCCAAGUCCUUCGCCGAGCUAGCGAGGCAGACGCUGCUGGAUCUUGACGACCCCAAGGGACGAGCGGCGGUCGCACGUGCGACCGCGGUGAAGACAGUGACCGAGCACGUGACGGCGGAGGUGGGCGAGGCGAGGAAGGGGUUGGAGGAGUCGUUCAUCAAAUACAUCGGCGCCGCGCAGACCAACAUUGCCGCCGCCGUCGCGCCCCGCCUAGUCCAGCCGCCGCCGCCUACCGGCCCAGCGCAGGCCUUGCCGGAAGAUUUCCUGAAGUCUUUCAAGGAGGACGUGCUGAAGGCGGUGACGGAGACCACGCAGCAGUCCUUCCUCGCCUCCGGACUGAAGAUAAUGGCCGAGGUCGUCGGCACGGUGGCGUAUGCUCGGCGUGGGUCGUCGCCGUCGGCAAACGACGCCGGCCAAGCGCAACCUACGGAGGGCUUGAAGCUGGACGAUUCGGCGGGCGCGAGGCGGACCAAGGGAGCGGCUGGUUCUCGCGUCGCCGGCGAUGGGAGCAUGGGAGCCGGCGACGGCAGUUCGUUGAAGCAGUCGGGGAAGAGCGUGGUCGACAUCCUCAGGAAGCACUGGGCUCAGGUUGGAGCGGCCAGCACGGGCCAUGGUGGUGGGGGUCCCGCCGACGAGCAUGCCACUGAUGACGCACUGCCAAUGGCUCCGCCUUCGGUCGGCGUUAAGCCACCACGACAGGGUAGCGGUGUGAAAGGCCUGCGCGACAAGGAGAAGGCCGCCGCCAAAACGGCCCCAGGCGGGUCCGCGAAAGCUGGCCAGGGCCCGAAGACAGGGGUUGCGGAGGCGUCAGCGGUUCCUCACCAGUCUCCCGCGGGUGCACGCCAUCCGACCGGACCGUCUGCCGGGCGACCUACCGACGUCCCGCGCCAUGCCGACGUACCGUCUGCCGACAAGGUUGGCCGCGCGGGAAAAGGGGCGGCAGUUGCGGACGCGCUCAAGGAGCAGCUCAGGCUCCUAGCCGGCCACAGGGCUGUUCAACAGGCCCCCCCUGCUGUCGACGUCCCAUCGGCCAGUGGGCCACGUGUAGUGCCGGUCGUCGCCGCCCGUACUCCUGCAGACCCAAAGUCCGUGUUGUUGCGCGCCCAGCUGGGCGCACUAGCGUCGACUGAGAGGACUCAGCAGGCUUCUGGCUCUGGCUCUAAGCCGUCGUCGGCGAAUGUCGCACCACCCACCCAUGUGGCAGCUGAUGUGGAGAAGGCGGCGGAGAAGGGCGUUCGUGCCGCGCUUGCCACCGGCGGCGGCGCCGUUGAGGAGGUCCCCGCAGACGCUGAUAUCGCUGCCAUACAGGCCCAUCUGGAUGCAGCCAAUCCCCGAACCCUGGCCAUCUCCGACACGGAACAUGUGGAGCCUUCGGCGGGACUCGUCGGCAUCGCGGCAGAGCCUAGUGCGACCGGUGAUGCGGUCGGUGAGGGAAAGUCGAAACGGAAGGGGAAGGCGGGCUCACAGAGGAAGACGCGGGAGAAGUCGGAGGUGAAGGCGGCGGAUAAACAGAAGGGGAUGGCGGCGGAGACGGCGGCGGACAAAGAUCGAGGCGGCAUUGGGGAGGUUGAAGGGAAAGGGGAGAAUCAGAAGUCGCCCGGCGAGGGUACGUCGACGGGGAGGAAGGGGAAGGACAAGUCGGUCGGAGAAGGUGCGUCGACCGGGAGAAAGGGGAAGGAGAAGGCGGUCGGCGAGGGUUCCUCGAAGGGGAGAAAGGGAAAGAGGAAGGCGGAGGAGGAGGAUGAGGAUGUCGAGGAGGUGGAGGAGGUCGAGCAGGAGGAAGAGGAGGAGGAGGAGGAGGAGGAGGAGGAGGAGGAGGAGGAGGAGGAGGAGGGGAAGGGCAAGGAGAGGAGGGGUCAUGGCAUCCGACACGAUACCUCGGGCGACAAGCAAGGGUGGGUCGGCGAGAUUAAGGUGCACGGCAUCAAUCGAUACAUCGGCAAGUCGCGGGACAAGAUGGAGCUCGCGUAUGUUCACUCCAUCGCGUACGUCGUCUACGACGGUUUCGUGAGCAAGGUGCUCAUGACCGAGCUCACCGGCUUGGACAGCGCCGAAUUGGAGAGGUGGAAGGAGGUGUGGGAGGAGGUCAGGAUCUUGCCGACAGGGAUGUGGACGGUGAUGUGGGCCCGGGGUACGCUCCUUCCAAAGACACGGCUGACGGAGAUCCUCGACGCGUAUCGCCAUUACAAGUCCACAGGCGAUUGUCUCCACGCCGCGCUCCUGCCAGCGAUAUGGUACCCAGUCGAUGCUAGCACCGAGGAAGGCCGGGAGAAGUCGGCGUCCAUGAUGUCGGCGAUGAUAGGCCGCGUGUCAAUGUGCGCUGCAUAUGGGAAGACCGCUGCGGCAGCGGCGAAGAAGGAGGGAGACAAGGAGGAGAAGACGGAUAUGGCGGCAUGA